AUGAUGGCAGGUGUCCUGGGCUGCGAGGCAGCGCCUCCUCUCUCCCCUGCACCCCGGCCAGGGCCCGGGAUCCUGCCUCGGCUGACCGGGGUCCAGCCCCGCACACCAAGGCCCUCCCCUCGCCCAGACCCACCGCGGGGGCGGCUUUCCGAGGGCGGCCCCGGGGCUGGGGUCCAAGGGGCCUCCGGCCGUCCUCCCGCAGGGCUCUCCCGGGGAGCCCCGGGCCCGCUGCCUCCCACCACAACCCUCACGGCCCGGCGAGGUCCGGGCCAAGGCGACUGGCGUCGCACGAGGCGACCAAGUCCGGGGAGGCCCGGGGCCGAUGGCGGGGGGCUCACGUGGCUUCCUUGGGGGUCCCUCAGCCCUAUCCUCUCGUCCCCAUCCGGACUCCCUGGGCGGCCUGGGCCUCGGGCUCUGCCGCCUGACGCCGGCUCCUCGCGCGCAACCAGCUCUCAGUCGGGCUGGGACCCAGAGCCCGAGUCCGCCCACGCCUCACGCCCUGGUCACAGUCGUCGUGGUCGCGCCGCCCUGCGGCCUCCACCGCCGCCCCCACCGCCGGACUCAUUCCCCUCUGGGUCCCGGCCCCCUCGCUCCUCCCUCUGGGCCUCACCUCGAAGCCCACGAGGCUCUGCGCCCUUCCCGCGCCUGACGGGAUUCGAGGCGCGGCCGGAAGACGCCGACGCCGACGCCGACGCCGACGCCGAGGCCCAGGCCCCCUCGCCCCGCCCCGCCCCGCCCCGCCAGUCUCUUGAGACCCGGAUGCGGAAGUCCAGACACCCCGCGGGGCCUCAUUCCCACUAGGGGCUUCCCUCGGCUGCCGCUAGGGGUCGCCUUCCGGGCCGGGGCCUGCGUUCUGGGGGCCAGAGUCCCUCCCUCGGUGUUCCCUCCGAGGCCUCCUGCACCCCGGGGACGGCCUGUGUGCGUGGCCGCUGACGAUGGGAACUCGUGCCCCUCAGACCGCGGUCUGAAGGUCUCUGGGACGCACCGCCCAGGCUCAGUGACGGGGCGCCGGCCACCUCUGGCCGCCCGAUGCAGGGGCUCCCCGGGCCUGCGGCACGGACUGACUUCGUAGCUGGGGUAUAACUUGACUCCUGGCAGCACCUGGGCCCUCUUCACCUCUGCCCACCUGAGCGGCUGCUCCCGACAGACAGAGGGUCCCCUGUCCUCCCCAGCUCACCGAUCCUUCCCCCUGUUCUGCCCUCUCGCACCUCACUCCUUGGCCCUGGCUACCUGAGACCCGGAUGCACGAAUCCAGUCUUGCCCAGUGUCUCCAUCCCGCCUGGGGGCCUUACCAGACUGAUUCUGAUGUUGGGUCCAGGCUCCUUCCGUCCUCUGCAUCCUCACCAGGAAUCGCCGCAGGACCUGGGCCCUGCCCUCUGAGAAACUGAGGUUUCGAGCCGCCCGGCCCCCCCCCCCCUCCCUACUGUGCCCCGUGUCUCUGACACCAGGCUGUGGAAGUCUGGCCCGACUUGCCUCCAGGAGUCCCAAUCCCGCCCAGGGCCCUUACUGGAAGGAUGCCAGGGCCCAAACUCUGGGAGGUCCCCUCUGUGUGUCCUGGGGUCCUGAGCCCCUUGGCCCUGGCCCGGCCCGUGUCCCUGCCCUCUCCUAACUGGGAUCUUGCCCCUCACCCCAUGUUCCUCAGCUCCCUCCAUGGACCCCAGGGCCGCUGCAGGGGCUGAGAGCCUGUCGCCAGGGUUGAGAGGGCCCCACGGUUGUCCCUCAGGUCCCAACACCUGCUCCAUGAAGAGCCGGGGCCCGUCCCUCUGGGGACCCGUGUACACAGCCCUGCUGGGAGAGGUGCUCCGCCUGACGACCCUGCCGGGGUCUCUCUGGGCUGCCGGCGGGGCUGACCUGGAUUCCUGGCUGCGGUGGCCCGCUGUGCUCCCUCACAGGUCGACGUAUAUGCCUGUUUGCCGGGUCUGGGCCCCUUCCCUUGGCUGACCUGAAUCGGGCCUUCUGGACCGAGACCCCCACCUCUGUCACCCCGGUCUGCAGGGAGGAUGUCGGCGGAUGUCACAUCUGGACCCCAUGGCCAACCGGUCCCCAGGCAUUGAUAAUAUCCCUCAGAGUGUGUUUAUGGGAUACUCAUUUGGAAGAAGGAAGCCUGUGAGGAUGGUCCUCAAGUGCCUGGGGAAACUCACCGGAUGCCAUACCGCACUGUUCCAUCUGGAUGAAGCUGAAACACACGAUUUUCCACAGUCACAUCAUGCACAAAAGCAUCCUUGCUAUUUAAAAAGUAGCAGUCAGGGACCCACAACUUCUCUAGCAUCCGAUAGUCCAGGGUCAAGUUCAGGUUGGUUUCAUAGUAUGCUAAACGUGGAUCUUUCCAGGUCUGAUGAAAAAACAUUGUGAUCGUAUAGUCCUGGGGAGAGAAAGGUGAAUCCCAGCUGUAAGUGAGGUUGUCCUCCUCUCCAUCCUCACAGUGUGUGUGUGUGCAUGAAGGUGUAUGAAAUAUAUCACAAAUAUAGAUGAGUACUGAAAUAUGUAAGAAUGUUAAAUGUUAAAAAUGAACUUCAAAAAAAAAGAAUAACUGAAAUUCAUGUAAUUAAAAUCCAGGUUAAGAAAUGAAACAUUACCAAUAACUUUAAGUUUCAAUUUGUUCCUUCUAGAACAUAUUCCCCACACCUACCUCCCAGCAGUAUCCAUUAUCUUAGAUCUUAAUGAUAAUAGUUCUGUUGCUGUUUGUUAGAAUUCUGUUGUCUAUGUGUGUAUUUCUAGGAAACAUUGCUUGGACCCAUUUAAAAAAAUUUUUUUUCCAAAUGGAAUUACACUGUAUGUAUUAUAUUUGUGAGAUUCAUUCAAGUUGAUGUCUGUUAAUAAAAUUUGUUCAUAUGAAUAUACUACAUAUACACCACUGUGUGAACACAUGAUACAUACCCAAAUCAACAUGAAAUAAGAAUUAUGAAGUGAAAGUUCAAGUUUACACCCACACUGAGGACAGAUGAGAUUUCUCAAUGCUCCUGCCUGGCCAGCUCCUGCCUGGUAUGGUCUGACUUUUGACUUUUGCCAAUCUGGUGGGUAUGUGAUGGAUUCUUGCUCUGGUCUUAGUUUGCACUUCACUGACUAAUAAUAAAGUCAAGUAUGUUUUCACA